UCUGACUGCAUCAGACACCAUAGCCACCACCGCACACUGUGGUUGUGUAUGGUUUUUAAAUGAAAAAAUCCCAAUCCCUGUUCCUUCUUCUGCAGCAUCGCAAUCGCAAACCCUUCUCUUCCACUGUUCCUUUUCCUCACGAACCUUCUCUCCCCUCUCAAAUCUUCCUCAUUCUCUCUCGCCCUCAAUGGCGAAAAGACCCUUCGCUUGAUUCUCUAAUCCCUUCCCUAACCCCUUCCCUUCUCUCCUCUCUCUUCAAUCUCAACCCUGACCCUCUCACCGCCCUAAAUUUCUUCCGAUGGAUCCGCCACAAACACUCCUUCGUCCACACCCUCCGCACCUACGAGUCCCUCCUCCUUAUCCUCGUUCGACACGGAACCCUUCGUGCCGCCGAGAAUGUCCGCAACUCUAUGAUCAAGUGCUGCGCCUCCGCACACGACGCCAGGUUUGUGCUGAAUCUCCUCCGCCGAAUGAACACCGCCCCCGAGGGUCACCAACUCUCGUUUAAGCUCUCUCUCACUUCCUAUAAUAGACUCCUCAUGUGCUUGUCUCGUUUUUCUAUGUUUGAUGAAAUGAUAAGUUUGUAUAAGGAGAUGUUGGAUGGUUUCGGGGAUGACAGUGGUAAUGGAAAUGGUGAUGUUUUCCCUAACUUGAUCACGUUGAAUACCAUGUUGAAUUCUUAUUGCAAAGUGGGGAACAUGUCUGUGGCAAGACUGUUUUUGACUAGGUUGUUAAAAUGUGGGUUUUCUCCCGAUUCGUUUACGUAUGCUUCCUUGAUAUUGGGUUAUUGUAGAAACAAUGCUGUAGAGAGAGCUUAUAGAGUGUUUCGGAUUAUGCCGCAGGGGAGGAAUGCAGUUCCAUAUACUAAUCUUAUACACGGGCUUUGUGAAGCUGGGCGGCUUGAUGAUGCUCUUACCUUGUGGUCGCAGAUGAGGGAGAAUGGUUGUUUUCCCACGGUUCGGACUUAUACUGUUCUCAUCGAUGCAUUGUGCGAGUCCGGGAAGGAGGUGGAGGCUUUGAGUCUUUUUGGGGAGAUGGUGGAAAGAGGUUGUGAGCCUAAUGUUUAUACUUACACUGUUUUGAUUGAUUAUUUUUGCAAGCAGUGUCGGAUGGAGGAGGCGGUGGGGAUGUUAAACAAAAUGGUGGAGAAAGGCAUGACUCCUAGUAUUGUCUCGUACAAUGCCUUGAUUGGUGGUUAUUGUAAAAAGGGGAUGAUGGAGGAUGCUAUGGGGGUUUUGGGUCUGAUGGAGUCAAAGAAAGUUUGUCCCAAUGUGCAGACGUAUAAUGAGUUGAUUUGUGGUUUUUGUGAGGGUAAAAGUAUGGAUAGGGCAAUGGCUCUACUUAAUAAAAUGCUUGAGAGUAAAUUGUCGCCAAAUGUUAUUACAUAUAACACAUUAAUACAUGGGCUGUGUAAAACAGGAGUUGUAGAUAGUGCGUCUCGCUUGUUUCAUUUGAUGAUUAAAGAUGGCUUCAGUCCGGAUGAGUGGACUUUUAGUGCUUUUAUUGGAUCUCUCUGUAGAAUGGGCAGGGUCGAAGAAGCUAAUCAGACCCUGGAGUCCCUCAAGGAAAAAAAUGUCAAAGCAAAUGUUCAUUUGUACACAGCUUUGCUUGAGGGAUACUGCAAAAAUGGGAAAAUCGAAGAUGCCCGAUUAUUGUUCAAAAGGAUGCUUGCAGAGGACUGUUUGCCUAACGCUGUCAUGUUCAAUGUAUUGAUAGAUGGCUUACGCAAAGAGGGUAAAAGGCAAGAUGCAAUGUUGUUGGUGGAAGACAUGAGAAAGUUUGGUGUGAAGCCCACUCUUCAUACGUAUACCAUUCUUGUUGAGGAAGUAUUGAAGGAAUUUGACUUUGGCCGAGCUAAUGAAAUUCUCAACCAAAUAAUUUCUUCUGGAUAUCAGCCUAAUGUGGUCACGUAUACUGCAUUUAUCAAGGCAUAUUGUAGCCAAGGAAGAUUAGAGGAGGCUGAAGAGAUGAUGGUCAAGAUUAAAAACGAAGGCAUAUUGCUUGACCCCUUUAUCUAUAAUUUAUUAAUUAAUGCAUAUGGAUGUAUGGGACUACUUGAUAGCGCAUUUGGUGUUCUCAAGCGCAUGUUUGAUACUGGCUCCGAGCCUUCUUAUCAAACAUACUCCAUUCUAAUGAAGCAUCUAAUCAUUGAAAAACAUAACGAAGGUAGCAAUCAUGUGGGGCUUGAUUUAAGUAAUGUAUCUUUUAACAAUGCAGAUAUAUGGAAUAAAAUUGAUUUUAAAAUCACUACCAUGCUCUUUGAGAAAAUGGCAGUAUGUGGCUGUGUGCCCAAUCUUAACACUUACAGCAAGCUUAUUAGAGGAUUUUGCAGAGUAGGACGUUUGGACAUAGCCUUCAGUUUGUAUCAUGAUAUGAGGGGAAGUGAAAUUUCUCCCUCUGAAAGUAUUCAUAAUUCUCUUCUUAGCAGUUGUUGCAAAUUGGGAAUGUUUGUGGAAGCAGUGACACUGUUAGAUUCUAUGAUGGAAUGUGGUCAUUUAGCACAUCUGGAAUCAUAUAAGCUUCUUAUUUGUGGGCUGUUUGAACAAAUGAACAAAGAAAAGGCUGAAGCAGUUUUUCAUAGUUUACUACGUUGUGGGUAUAAUUAUGAUGAAGUGGCUUGGAAAAUUCUAAUUGAUGGCUUAGCUAGGAAUGGAUAUGUUGAUCAAUGCACAAAAUUACUGAGCCUUAUGAAGAAGAAUGGCUGCCAUUUACAUUCUGGGACAUGCUCUAUGUUAAUGCAAGAACUGAAUAGAGUUGAAGGAAAUGAUUGUUGAUUUUUCCCUGGAAUGGAACGGUUACAUUUCUUUUUAUAAAUAUCACCUAAUGUCUCUGGUACGGAUACAUAAUUUAGUUUCACAGCAAGACAUUUUGGUGCUUUAUUUUUGUGUUGAUAAGCUAUUGAAUGCUGCGAGUGGAUAUUUGCUUGUCUGCUCUGGUGCUGCAAGUGGAUAAACUAUUGGAUAUUGGUAACCGGCUUAUCCUUUGCUUUGUGAUAUACCUGACAAAGAUGAGACCAAGCCUACACCAAAAGCAAAAUGCACCUGUACCCUUUUUUCAAGUUUCUGUCUGAUAUUACUACAUUUCGCUCCUUUAUUGUCCCCACUUUUACUGGCUUCCUUGCAGCAUGGUGUCCUUUUCCACUGUCUUUAUUGCAGCAUUUAUCACCUUCAUAGGCUGUGUACAUUGUGGGCAUUUAGCUGCAGUCUUCAGUGUUGUAUCACCUCUGAUAAAAAAAGAAAACAUUGUUAGAAUAUUGAGGAAAAAAUUUGCAGUGAGAGGUAUACUGGUUUCCUUGUAUUUGAAUAAUUUUCAUUGUCUUCUAUAUACUCUAUUAGUUGAUAUGAAGAAAUUUGUAAAGGCCAUACGUAAUCUCUUUGAAUACAGUUCAGAUUUAUUCCUUUCUUAGGAGUAUUUUUAAAACAAAUCCAUUUCAAAGGUAAAUAAAUAUACAUUUCUCGAUUAAAUUUAAUGUACUAUAAUACACUAGCAUGUGACGAAAGUGUUUUUUAUACUACAAUUUCUGUUUAUAAUUUUCAAUUAAUAUGAUUCUCAACAAUUUAAUGGAUUCAACAAAACAAAACAUGAAUUAAUUACAAACGGUUCUGUUGCAUCUUAAUCGUAAAUUCAAUCAUGUAAAUUAGCAGGAACAUCGCACUACUUGAAAGAAUAAAUUAA